AGCUUUGGAGUAAAGGACGGACUGAAGCCUUCUGUGUGGAACAGCUGACUGAUUGGCUGCUGCUACCGUCCCUCUUUCUGAACUUCAGCGCAAAGGAAUCACUUAGAGAAUACAAGACCUGUCAGAAUGAACCUAUCAUAUUUGGUAGCUUGUGGACUUAUGGUCACCCUGCUUUCAGUAAGGAUGGGGGCAAAACCUUUAUCUCAGGCGCAGCAGAAGUCUCUUAGAAGUUUGCUGGGCGAGGAGCUGGCGGAGUUUCUGGAGUCGGAGGAGAGGGAGAGGCGGUUGGAUGCUGUGCGCUCUCGGUUACGGUUACUGCGAGAUUUACGCUUAGACACUCGCGCCAGGGGGAUGUGGGCUCGCCUGCUUAACGACCAACCCGCACCGAGGAGACACAAAUCGGGGAGCAAGAAAGGUAGCUCCACGUCGCGGAGUGGCUGCUUCGGACACAAGAUGGACAGGAUAGGGACCAUCAGCGGCAUGGGCUGCUAGGGCUGGAACAGCGCUGUGAUGAUUUCUGGACAAUAGUUGUGGACAACAAAUGGUUCAAUUUGUUCUCAAAUGCUGGGGGGAAAAAAACAAAAAACAAAGUAGAAUUCAACCAAGAGACGGAUUUUCGGUACGAAAGUCAACACGACCAGCAUUAGCAAAGACUGAGAUGACAGUGCUACAAAACCCUCAUAUAAAUAUAUAUAAUAAAUAUUCAGUAUAUAUACAUAUAUACAUGUAUGUAUACCACACAGAAUGGUCCAAACGCAGAUGCAUAUGACAAGAUUGCAGGCAACGGUGUAAAAACUACAAACUGCAAAGCUGUAUAUUGUUGCUGCUGUUGUACAUUCACGUACUUCAUCUUCCCCUGCAUAAAUGUAUUUAUGUUUUAAAAAACUAUUUAUAUGUUUAUAAAAAAGAGAUAUUUAUAAAUAUGAGUUUUAUUUAUGUAACAUUUUGAAAAUGAACGCAAACUGCAGGUCAAUUCUGUUUGUAACUUUUUUCUUUU